AUGGAUUUAUUUCUUGAGAAGUCAGGGGCGGAAGGACCAGACGGUAUGCAUCAUAGAUCGCAUAUGCAAGAUACGUACACAACUGAUUCAUCUUUAAAGAGAAUGGACCCUCAUUGUCAAACUGUAUAUCACACUCCAUGCACUCCACCCAUCCACCGGGUUUACACACCCUCACCAAUUCCUGCAUUAAGUCGGGCCACUGUUUCUCUGUCAAGGCCAG